AUGGCAGCUGUGGAAGACCGCGCCCCGCUCAUCUGGUCGGGGGGGGCGGAGAACGACGACUUUUCGCGCCUGCUCAAGGAAAGCAAGACCAAUUGCGAUUGGCAGAACAACUCGGCCGAGAACUUAUUCGAAAUAGAGGAUGAACCAACGAUUGAGUACGAUUUCGAGGUCAAGGCACCGCGAAUGAUCGACAGUUUGCUGACGCUUUGUUCUGUCACGACAUUCAUUGCAGGCUUCGUGGCGGCUGAUUUCUCCGAGUUUGCCAUGGACGACUGGGAGGACACACACUGGGUAUGUCCUCACGUGUACAUGUGCAUGCUAGCAUUCGCUGAAGGUUGCUGCUUGUACCUGUCGGUCUGUGGUACUAUUGCGGGUGCGACUUACCAGCGUGCCGCUAACCAAUUGGCCAAAUGGCCUGACCUUUUGGGAGCAGCUUUCGGGCCGAUCACAAGCAACCUUGGUCUUCUCAAAGGUCGACGGCUGGAGGCGUACAAAGCUGCAGCGGCAGAGGUCCUCAAAACAGGAUUCCAUGGCGAUUGGGCGCGCGAUCUCAUAUAUUCAGGACUUGCAAAGACCGCAGAUGACAUUACCGCCGAAAUUUGGAUCGUCAGGAAAUUCGAAGGCAGCGAGAAUGGAGCGAAACCCACAUCAUGGAUCUUGCAUGUGGAAGAUCCAGCUUUCAGGCUUGGAACCACACUUGGCUUCAAAUUCGUUACUGGUAUGGUAUUCCCGGUGGCGAUUCUGGCUUACCUUCUCGCACAGACCUUGAAGGCAUUGAAAGGGGGAAAACUCAGUAUGAUUUCAGUGGUGUUGCCCCCAGUCUUGUAUUGGAUGGUCAAAAUGCUCGGCGACCUGAAGAACAUGUACGCAAAGAUCCGUGAUUGA